UUUUGAGAGUUGAUCAUUGUACUAGUUAGGAAUAGCCAAAAUUUAUUCGAGUUUCGUUCUUUAUUUGCAUGCACCUCUAUUUUUCCAUUAUUAUUGCUGUUAAAAAAACAUGCAUGAACUAUAAUAUUGAUUAGAUGUUCGUGUUGCUUUGUGGAAGUGUAUAAUUAUGUUAAUUCUUGUAAAGAUGGCAUUUUGCGACAAAGAAGUUGGAGCAGUUGUUACGCAUGCGCGAGAGAUGUAUUAUGCAUCGUCAGCAAAGCUCCGCCUGCUGUGGUUGCGACGCGGAGUAGCGAAGUCUCGGGAUGGAGCUGCACGUUAUGAACGGAGGAUGUGCGAAAUUCGACGGCCGGCGGAGAGCGAGAUGCGGAGGGGGAGUUCCAACGAGACGAGACGGACGGAGAUCCGUCACUUGCGCUGGGUGCCGCUCUCGCGCGUUCUGCAGCCCUCGGCGAUGAGAACAGGUCUUCAGCACUGCUAGGGAAUGAACGGAAGAAGAGAAGUUGCCGUUCGAAGACGCUGCACCGCCUCACACAGCGGAAGAUUUCCCUGCUGGUCAUACUGCUGCCGCUGGGGAAGACGAGAAAGAUGAAGUGGAGUAUUACUGCGGAGCCGGGCCUUGGCACCCCGCAUGGCUGCAGCGACUUCGUGACGCCAGAGUCUUUACGUUUCUCUCUGUCUUUUCUCUACUGUGGAGGGAGCCCUCGUCUCAGGACUGACCGCAGUGUUCUGUCGACAAUCGAGCGUCGCUAUAGACUCACCAGCACACAGACCGGAGCCCUCGCCAGCAUGACCGACAUCGCCGUGGUAACCUCCGUCAUCUUCAUCAGUUACUUUGGUGGGCGUGGCCACAAACCUCGUUGGCUGGGGGUGGCCCUUAUCGUCGAAGCAAUCGGAGCGUUUGUCUUUUCUCUUCCUCAGUUUCUCUUUUGCCAAUACGCCGCCUACUUCUUCUUCAUGAUGGGUAAUAUCCUAAUCGGGGUGGGGGCUGCCCCCGCCUUUUCACAAUCGGGACCGUCGUACAUUGACGAAAUCGUUCACCCAAAUGGCGAGGUUCGAGAGCUGCGCGAGAGAGAAAUGGCGCUGAGAGGUAGGACGGUGGUGAGGAGGAGAAGGGCGGAGGAUCGAUGGAACGUGGUGCGGGAGUUUCCCCGAGAAUUGAAAAGGAUUGCCAUGAAUCCGAGCUGGUUGUUUGUGACGCUGGGUCUGGGACUGGCGUCUGUCACCAUUUCAGGGUUUGCCUCGUUCGGAGUCAAGUACGUUGAGAACCAGUUUGGCCUUACAACUUCUGAGGCCAGCAUCAUCACUGGAGCUAGGAAUAAGCAGAGUUCGGAGGGAGCCAUCCCAACGGCAGGGGCUGGUGUCAUUACGAGUGGGCUGCUCAUCUAUUUCUUCAAGAUACGAGGUCGGAAGUUGCCACUAAUGGGCCUUGUCACAUGUUCCCUGGCAGUUCUCACUGUGUUUGGAUUUCUCAUUCACUGCCCCACCCCCGAGCUGGCCGGAGUCAUCGUUCCUUAUCCUGAUGGAUCUGACGGGGCAUCAGACACUACUUCCCUGGCAGCAAGUUGCACCGCCUCCUGCAACUGCACCUCCCUCGUGUUUGACCCAGUCUGUGGUGCCGACAACAUCGUCUACUUCACUCCCUGUCACGCCGGAUGUCCUCCCGCCAACAACGCAGCUCUCCACGACCUCACCUCACCUCCUCCCCUCCUGAUUACUAACAGCUCGACCAGCGAGGGGCUCUGUAAUGAGGACUGCACGUGGCAACUGCAGCUCUACCUCGUCAUAUCUGCCUUCACUCUCUUCUUCGUGUUCAUGUUGCAGAUACCUAAUAUCACCAUCACAAUCAGGUGUGUGGCAGAAGACCAGAGAACACUGGCUCUUGGUCUCCAGUCCUCCAUCAUCCGCCUCAUCGGCUUUGUUCCUGGUCCGAUCCUGUUUGGAGUCGUCUUCGACUCCGCCUGCCUAUUCUGGCAGAGAGACUGCGGUCGCCGUGGCAACUGCUGGGUCUACGACAACGCGACACUGAGUGUUCGAGCCGUCGUCCUGGCGAUACUGGCCAUGAUGUGCUACAUUGUGUUCAUCAUACUCUGCUGGCUGUUUUAUCCCAAGAGCCAGCCGUCGUCGCUAACGACUACUAAUGAAGGGGCGAGGGGGACAAGAGAGAGAAUGGGAGAGUUCAUUGCUACACGUUGUAUAGCAAGUGUCAGAAUACUUUGGAGGAAAGAUUAGUAGUCCAGAAAUUUUAGAUGUGUUGUCAUGUGUGUUUGUGUGCCCUUGAAAUUUGUCAA